CAUUAUAUGUUGGACUCUGAGAUCAACGAUGAGCUCACUGGCGCCGAUGUUGGGGAAGGUGAUGUGGUGUUAGAAAUUGGGCCGGGAACAGGUUCUUUGACUAAUACUCUUAUUAGCGCUGGUGCAGUUGUGCUCGCAAUCGAAAAGGAUUCACACAUGGCUACUCUUGUGAGUGAAAGAUUUGCGCAGACUGACCGGUUGAAGGUUUUGAAUGAGGACUUUGUAAAAUGCCACAUUCACUCACAUAUGUCGUCCUUAUUGGGAAGUAUAGAGCCAUCUGGUCCAAAUUCAAGACUUGCAAAAGUAGUUGCUAAUAUACCCUUUAAUAUAAGUACAGAUGUUGUCAAACAACUUCUCCCAAUGGGGGACAUCUUUUCUGAAGUUGUUCUCUUACUCCAGGAGGAGGCAGCUUUGCGCUUGGUGGAACCAUCUUUGAGGACAUCCGAGUACCGGCCCAUCAGUAUCUUCGUCAAUUUCUUUUCAGAUCCUGAAUUCAUAAUGAAGGUCCCAAGGACAAAAUUUUUUCCUCAGCCUAAUGUUGAUGCUGCCGUUGUUAAAUUUAAACUGAAGCAACCUGUAGACUACCCCCCAGUUUCCUCUACUAAAAGCUUCUUCUCAAUGGUCAAUUCUGCUUUUAAUGGGAAACGAAAGAUGUUGCGGAGAUCACUCCAGCACAUAUGCACUCCCAUGGAGAUUGAAAAUGCUUUGGGAACGGUUGGUCGUCCAGCCACGUCAAGACCAGAGGAGCUAUCCACGGAUGAUUUUGUGAAGUUGCACAAUUUGAUCACGAAACAAUAAGAUUUGUGCUCUCCCUGGAGUAUAGUUUCCCCAUUUAUGCAAGCGGGGUUAAAAUAGUUUUAAGGGGACGUAGCUGUAGGCCAAAGCAUCAUUUUUUGCCCAUGAACCAUAUGACAAGGUUCAUAAUGAUUAAUGCAUUGUUUAAGGUGUAAUAUGAUCCAACGGAGUCAUAAAUUUGUGUAUUCUUUUUUUUUAAGGUUACCAAAUUGUAUGUUAUUUGUUA